AGUCUUGGCACAGGUGGGAGGGUAGAGAGAGGCCACAGACAGCCCUCCAUCAUGGCUGCAGUCCACCACCACAAGUACCCUUUCAGGAACUCACUGUACUGGGAUGAAACAGAGUGUCUAAACUACUAUGGGAUGCUGUCUCUACAUGAGGUCAUUGAAAUAGUCGGUUCUCAACUGACAGAGACUGACAUAGAAGUGCUGUCAUUCCUUCUGAAUGAAGCCUAUUCUACACCGCACCCUCUCAAUCCAGCAGGCUGGACAGUUGAGCCCUGUGAGGGCGAGUCAGAUGACCCGGGAGUGUCCCCGAGUCCUGAGCUGCUAAAGGCAUGGAGGCGUAUAAAACCUCAGGCCCCCCAUCAUCCUUUAGUGGUCUCACAUAAGCCCAAGAGUGGCCUUGAGCUGUUGCUAGAGCUAGAGAGGCGAGGCUACCUCAGCGAUGGCAACCUGGAGCCACUACUGCAACUACUAAGAGUCCUCACCCGUCAUGAUCUCCUGCCUUUAGUGUCCCACAAGAAAAGGAGGACAGUGUCUCCAGAGAGAACUAGAAGGAGAUAUGGAACAGAGAGCAGAGAGUUAGCGUGCGUCUCUGGAAUGCGUCACAGCUGUAGACAGACAGAAAUACCUCUUCCUUAUUUCACACCCCAAUUGAGAACCGAUAUUUACGCUCCUAUGCCUGGGCUACCCGCUCGCAGAAGGAGGAAGAAAAGGGGAAAUGGCUGGAGCCGCAGGCCCAAGAAAACAAGCAGACAGGGGCAGCCACUGCCUCCACCACCACCACCAUUUAAAGCAUCCUGUGAUGUCCGCCUGCGUGUCCGGGCUGAGUAUCUGGAGCAUGAGUCGGCACUCCGUGGCAACGUCUCCUCAGACAAGCGGCAGCCGCUGGAGCGGCAGUUCGAGUUGUUCAGCCAAGCCAGCUCGCUGCUGCGCGCCAGAGACCUGGGUUCCAUCGUCUGCGACAUCAAGUUCACAGAGCUGGACAAUCUGGAGGCCUUCUGGAGUGACUACCUGAGUGGAGCUCUGUUGGAGGCCCUGAAGGGAGUCUUCAUCACAGACUCACUGAGGAUGGCAGCAGGCACAGAGGGUGUGCGCCUGCUGAUCAGUGUGGACCAGGAUGACUAUGAAGAAGGCCGAAAGCUGCUGAGAGCUAGGAGAGAGCAGUCACCAUGUAUUGGGGGGCGCAUAGAGCCUCUUUGGUCUGUGUAGGCCGAUAAGACUUUUUGAAAUGCAUCAUAUUAAAUUUAAAGAAUUGAAUUGUACAUAAUGCUAUAUAUAGUUUACUUACAGGCAAAUUUGUAAGCAUUUAUAUGGCCUCCUUCUGUGCAUGCUAUCCAUCUAGUAACCACUAGAUGGCAGCAUGUACCAUUUCUUUGUGUUCAUCUCAGGCCCCUGCAUUUUCAAAAUGGUCAGUUUGUAAUUCAAUCAUUUCUGUUAUUUGUGACAGGAAAAUUCAUAAUGGAUCAAUGUGCUUUUCCUUUGGAUUCAUGCACAGGUGCUACUUUGUAGGACCAGGAAGUCGCAGGAGUUUUCCUCUUUGUCUCAGAAGAUCAAGCGGUAAGCCCCACCUCACAUAAAAAAUGUCAAUUAGAAAUAGGACACCUGGGCUUCCGCAAAAUAUAAAAAAAUAUUAAAUUGUGUUGAUACUUUCAUAUUCUAAUGGUCAAGGUUGAGACUAAAUACACACAAACCAUCUUAGUUGGCCACAGUAAUAUAAACCAUUGAGUGCAUAUUGCCAAUUUUGUCCUGGUGUAUGCUUGGCCAGUAGGGGAUCCAAAUUCCAAAAUGGCUGAAGAAAAUAUAAAAAAUGUAUACCUGAAAAAUAAUACCUUCAAAUGAAAAAUAACGUUGUGGACUUAAAUAAUAAUAAUAACAAAUUGAACUGACACUAAUACUAAUCCAAUAAAAAACAA